AUGCCACCAAAGCCGGUCGCCGAGGCCAGCAAGGCCAAAAUGCCAGACAUGCUGAACCAGGCGAUCCUGAACGACGUACUACAAUACGGCGUCGACAAGAGCAGAUUCGCCAUGACUGGCAAGCUGCUACCCAAAGGAGUACCCAAGAAGCUCAAAGACAGACACGCACAUGAUACGAGGAUCUUGAAAGACUGGGUGAACUUCAAUCACGAGCAACGUCCCAGCUACCGAACUCAACCUCCUCGACUUGGCGAUCCGUUGGCGAAACCAGAUGACCCUUUGACAAGUCUCUUCCAUGUCAAGCGCAGAGGCGAGCUCGAUGAUCCCAUGGAGCAAUUCCGUUCGAAGCUGAAGGAAACGGAGAACGACAAGAAGAAGAACCUCAAGUCGGAGGCUGAAGUGACACAAGCCAUCGAGACACAUCACAGCACAUUGCAUCGACUUUGCAAUCAAAGUGUCGAGACCAUCGCCAGACUGAUCCAGGCCCUUUACAUUGACAAGCAUCGCAUUCGCCUGGAGGUCAUUGAGAACAUCACUCCACAAGUCUUGCUGGACCUUGGUUUCAGCAACGGCGACAUCUCCGAACUGAUGUCCAACAAGCCACCACUGAAGGCAUUCAAGGACAGAUUCAGCAUAGCCCAGAAGAAAGUGAUUGAAGCUGGAUAUCAAGUCGUGGUGGGUAACGGAGACAAAUUCGAGCCCCAACUCACGUUCGGCGGCGAUAUCUCGGAUUCUGAGGUCGAAGAGCAGACUACUGGCAGAGCAUCUGCGGCGAAGCGCAAGAGGAAGAAGGAUGCUGCCGACUCCGACGAAGACAAGAGCUGUGGAAAGUCCAGGCGUGCGAGAAAAACCAAGUCAAAGCACGGAACUCAGGUCAAGACGGAGCCAGUCGAAGACGCCACAUCCCAGUCCGGGGCCCCAGAACAACCCCCAAAGAACGCAUCACUUUGCCUGAAUGACACAGCAAGACAUGAAGGCCAAGCUGCCAAGGAUGUCUCGCAACAAGCAGGGCAGGAUGCCAUGGGUGCAUACUGGGAGCGCAUGGCAGACGAGCUCAACAAGAAGCCCACGGUUAGCGAUUACAAGGCAUUCUUCGGGCGACAGUGGCUUCCUGGUUGGCUCACGGACAUGCCUCGAGAGGUGAAGCUCAGGAUGGUGUUGGGCGUCUGCAACUUUGAGAAAGUAUCUCCACCUACCACUGAUCUGAACAACAAGGUUGCUCAGAUCCUGGAGAACAGAGCGAGAAGCGGGAAAUGGGGCUUGGAUAUGGCACCCAAUGAAUACACUCCCCAAUGGGUCCAGGAAAACUACACGGAAAUUCGAGCUAAGGUGGAUGAAUUGAUCGAACAGAAGGGACUCCAUCGGAAAAAGCAGCAGACUGGGAAUGCUAUCCGGAGUUCUAAUGAAACCCAAGAUCACCAGUCGACAGGAGACGAAGUUAUUGGCAAGGACGUCGACCAAGGUGUCGAAGAUACCGGAGUUGACCAAAAUUCAGGGGCUGGAGAUGGAUUUGAAGACGACAAGGGAGGUGCUGAGGAUGGCGGACCUCAUGGCAGCAGGCCAGCAAAUCCAUGGACCACGAGAUAG